UAACUGUUAAUUAGCAGAAACCAGCUCUAGCUCUAUAGACUACUAUUUCCAAGGGUAGGGCCAAAAUGUCAACAGAAGAGCUAGAGAAGCAGCCGCUUAAGGAAGAAGUAAAGCAAGAUGAGGGCGAAGAGAAGCCUUCACAGAAGAAGGAGAUAUCUAUUCCAGACUGUACAGUCCACUCAGUAGUGGUCUAUCCAGACAGAGCUGAGGUGACCAGAUUGGUGACAGUGGAUCUCGAGCCAGGCAGUGCUGAGGUGGUUAUCAAAAAUAUCUCAAAAUCUCUGGACAAAGACUCAAUCAGAGUGGAUGGAAUCGGGCCAGCCAGUGUUACUGAGGUUUCAUUCCAGGAGAUAGCUGUGACUGAAGAGGAGGACAGUAGGGAGAAUGCUAGUGCCGAGGUGACAGAGCUCAAGGAGAAGAUUAAAGCUGCCGAAGAAAGGAAGGAAAAAACGAAACAACAAAUGGACAGAAUGACUGCUCAGAUCGAGCUUUUUGACAAGUACUCCACUGGACUGUUCUCAGCUGGGGGUCAGACCACCACUAAUGACUUGCUGGACCAGAAAACCAUCGAUGGAGUGUUUGGUUACCUGGAGACAUUUGAGGAGCGUACAGUGCGACUGAGGGUGGACAAAGAUGAGGUCAACUCUGAUGACCUCAGCACUGCAAGGGAGCUCACUAAGCUCAACACGCGAUUAUACGAGCUCCAGCCUCUUCUGAGCAAGCCCUCGGAGCCUGUUAAACAGCAAGUGAUUGGUGUGCUGCUCGACGUCAAGUCAGCUGCACAGAUACAGCUGCUAAUCUCGUACGUGGUCUCCAAUGCGGGUUGGACGCCCAAAUAUGACCUGAGGGUAUCUAGCAGUGAGAGGACCAUGCAGGUCACCUACUUUGGAGUUGUCAAGCAGAGCACUGGGGAGGACUGGUUGAAUGCUCGCCUGUCCCUCUCUACUGCUACACCCAGUAUAGGAGGCUCUGCCCCCACCCUGGAGACACUCAAGCUGACCAUCAUCCCUAACCUCAACCCUCAGCUACGCGGAGGAACUGGAAAGAAGAAGUCUCGACACUCGGGGUUUGGAUUUGGAGAAGAGUCGUCUGUCAUAGAGGCCCCUCCAUCUAAGGUCUCAGAGGGUCUCAUCAACUCAGUGUUUGAGAUAUCCACACCCACCAAUAUACCUGCCGACAACUCGGGCCAUAAGGUGCAUGUGGCCCAGAUUGACUUAAAGCCAACUUUUGAGUACGAUACAGUCCCCAAGCUAGCACAACACGCCUUCCUACGAGCCAAGGCCGUUAACAACUCUCAGUACCCGUUCCUGUCCGGCCCCUCAAAUGUCUUCCUCGACAACUCGUACGUUACGGAGACUACCCUCGCCUCAGUGUCCCCUAACGAGGAGUUUGGCUGCUCUUUAGGGGUUGACUUAUCAGUGAAGGUGGUCUACAAGCCAGUGUCACGGUUUCGUGAGGAGACUGGACUCUUCUCCAAGACAGUGGUGUACAAGUACAAGCAGGUGACGGAGAUCCUCAACACUCGUAGUGAACCAGCUGUCAUCACCUUCACCGACCAGGUGCCCAAGAGCGAGGAUGAGAAACUCAAGGUGACACUUCUGGAGCCAGUGAUAGCCAAGCAGAAGCAAGGAGCCCCCUCACCAAACCCCAAGCUCAACUCCCAGAACAAUGUUGAGUGGCGUCUAGAGCUAGGCCCUGGAGAGAGUCGCUCUGUGACCAUCUACUAUACUGUAGAGUUCCCAGUCAACAAGGAGGUUGAGGGACUGGGACUGUGAACACUUUUAAGCCAUAGUUAUCCAAUUUUUAGCUGCUUUGUGAGUUGUACAAAUAAAUUUUUUUAUUAAG